GAUUUUUCAGAUACAGUGGAAAUGUCAGGGGCGGAUAAUUUGAAUUUUGAAGCGCAGUAUGAUUUAAAAAGAAAUGAAGCUGACGAAGAAUUUGCGUACUCAGCUCAUAAAUCAAAUAAACUUAUCUGUGCUCAAUCCAAAAAUAAACUAAACCUUUCGCAGUCCUGUCCAACUGUAAGUUCGGAAAACUAUGCGUUUUGUUCCUCAAAGAAAAUUUUAGUUUUUAAAAACACUUCAGAAUUUAAUUUAUCCUGUCUAAAAGAACCUGCUAGAUCUCUUCAAUUUCCACAACUUCAAACUAUUAAAAAUCAUUCUGAAGACAUUAAACAAUUCCUACCUCACAGACAAGUAGAGAGUUAUAAGGAAGAAAAUAUGAAUACCAAAGAGGAAUCUCAGAGCAAGGCAGCUAAACAAUUUGAAUCAUCAACAUUAGAAAACAUCUCAAAGCAGAUUCCACCCUUUGAGUUGGACCAAAAUGCCUCCUCAAACAUACUUGGUGGUGCUCCUGACACUCUUGAAUCUUUUAUUCCAAUUCAGAGGAUCACAUCGGUAGCAUAUCCACAGGUGACAGUUUUGAUGAAUAACUGUCGACGAUUUUCCUCCCCAACCAGUCCUAGUCAGUCCUUUCAUGAAACCAAACCAAAUAUUCCUCAGGUUGUGAUCACUAACCAUGAUUAUGAUGAAACUGAUGAAGAAAUGAGUCCACGCUGCAGGAAGCUGAGUAGAUCUUUAUCAUCUCCAGACGGACUCAGAGUAUCCUCAAAAAUGAGAAAUCAGAUUGGUCAAGAUUCUUCAAUCGGAUUCUGUGGGUUUGGAGGAGUAAGUGGAGGAGUUGGACUUGGUCCCCUGGGAACCUAUGUUACUCUUGAUGAUGUUGCCCCCUACAAACUCAGGAGAUAUCGAACAAUAUCUACCGGAAGUUCCGCGUUUUCGGCCGGUGAUGAAAGGAUAUUUCUAAGUGAAGAUGCAUGGUCAUAUACAAACUGCUCAUCAUCCAUUACAGGGGAUACAAGAACAGACACAGAGGCAGACAGUGAACAAGAAGAUAAGAUACAGGAACACCGACUAACAAGAGACUUUCUGGACAUGUUGGUCCUAAGGGCCGGGGUUCAAGGGACCAGAAACCUUGCAGAACAUAGUGAUGGUAUCAGUGAUCGUUCAGGAACAGGUACAAGUGAAAUAUCCUGCACUGAAGCUAGUGAAAGAUCAUGUACUGAAAGUACAGGUGAUCCAUGUGAAAAGUCUGGACUAGAAGCAGAUGAAAGCUUGAGAAAGCUAAGCUCACUUGAGCCGGAAGAAAGCAUAAGAAAGCUAAGCGCACUACAGCCAGAAGAAAGCAUGAGAAAGUUAAGCGCAUUAGACGCAGAAGAAAGCAUGAGAAAGCUAAGCAUAAUUGAGGAUACUGAAGAAGAUCUGCCAAAUAAACCGAAAACUAAGAGCUCGAGAUGGAAGAAGUUGAGUAAUAUGGUAAAAUGGACGCCAUUCAUACAAACUUACCGGAAACGGAAAUAUCCUUGGGUUCAGCUCGCUGGCCACUCGGGUAGCUUUAUUCGGGGCUCCCAGGGAACAGUGUUAAAGAAAUGUGGAGAACAAGAGGAACAAUGCUACAGAUUACUCAUGGAAGACUCAUUAUCACCAGUUGUUCCCACGUAUUACAGAAGUGUAAUGAAGGAUGGAAGAAAGUAUUUAGAACUGUCCUGUUGUCUCUCUGAGUUUAAUUCCCCGUGUAUUAUGGAUAUAAAGAUGGGAGUGAGGACUUUCCUCUCAGGAGAAACCACAAAAUUGGGGGCAAAUGUCACUCCCUUAAAUUAUUGUCUGGGAUUGUUUAGGAAGGAUCUGUAUGAGAAGAUGGUUGGAGAAGAUCCGUCCGCCCCGACCCCAGUAGAACAGAUAGAAGGAGCUAUUAGUAAAUAUAGAUAUCUUGAUUGGAGGGACUGUAUAUCUUCCUCACGUGAAUAUGGUUUUAGAGUAGAAGCCACAACCCUAAACGGGAAAUCCUCCAAAGAUUUUAAAUCAAUUCGAACUGAAUCACAGAUUGAAGCCAUUUUGUGCCAGUUUGCGGGAAAUAAGACUACGAUUGAAAAGUACCUGGAGAGAUUAUUAACAAUUAAAUCUCUAUGUCUAAGAUCUAGUUUCUUCAAUAGCCACGAGCUGAUAGGUUCCUCUCUGCUAUUAAUUCAUGAUGGGGACAAUGCCUCCAUCUGGAUGAUUGAUUUUGAGAAAAGCACCCCUAUGCCUCCUGAUGUGCCUAUUCUCCAUACAGUACCAUGGGAGGAGAAUACACGAGAGGAUGGCUACCUGAUUGGAUUAGAAUCAUUAAUAAAUAUAUUCUCGAAUCUUCUGGAAAACUCAGAUUGAGUUCUCUGGCCUAUAGAAAUACAUAAAGACACGUGACUCCUGCCCGAAAUCAAGUCCAUGAAUUCAAAAAGAAAAUAGUUUUUUCUUUGUCAAAAUAUUCUUUUUGUAAUUUUUAGACUAUUCGUUAGAGCGUUUGCUUAAAAUGAUUUAUAUUUCUCUUCACUAGUCAUUCAUCUAAAUUGUAAACAUUUAAACUUUGUUUUUAUAUUCAUACCUUUAAACUGGGUUCUGCACGAUUCUGAAAUAUGGGGACAAAAUCAAUAGCUUACAUGGCGAACUCGAUUAAAUCUUUAAAUGAGAAAAAAAACUAUGUCUACACAAUUUUCAAUCCCAAUAACAAUCCUAAAAGUACAA